AUGGCGGCUUUUUCAAAAGACAUUAAUCAAGGUGAACUAUCUCACCAUCUUGCACGCAGUUUAGGUUUCUCAACAUCACCAACUGCCACCUUCCAUUCUCCUUCGUCAUCGAAUUAUGGCGUGUCAGCUGCCAGUCGAACUGCGGCUUCAGCUGCAGCGAAACAUCUUAAACCUUUUGCUACUGAAGAUAUUAAGAUUUUGCUGCUAGAAAAUAUUAAUCAGACUGGUCGUGACAUCCUUGCUGAACAAGGAUAUCAAGUUGAAUCUCUCAAGACUUCCUUGCCGGAGGACGAGCUUAUUGAAAAGAUUCGGGAUGUACAUGUCAUCGGAAUUCGAUCGAAGACCAAGCUCACCGCACGAGUCCUGAAAGAAGCACGAAAUCUCAUUGUAAUCGGCUGUUUUUGCAUUGGAACAAACCAAGUCGACCUGCAGUACGCGGCAGAUCAUGGUAUUGCGGUCUUUAAUUCGCCUUUUAGCAAUUCUCGAAGCGUCGCUGAAUUGGUUAUUGGGGAGAUUAUUGCUUUGGCUCGGCAGUUAGGUGACCGCUCAAAUGAAAUGCACAAUGGCACUUGGAACAAAGUGAGCAGCAAAUGCUGGGAAAUUCGUGGCAAGACACUCGGCAUCAUCGGCUACGGCCAUAUUGGGUCCCAGCUUUCAGUUUUAGCAGAAGCAAUGGGCAUGUCUGUCAUUUAUUAUGACGUUGUUAACCUGAUGGCAAUGGGAACAGCACGACAAGUACCAACUUUGGAAGCACUCCUUCGUGGUUCUGACUUCGUCAGCCUCCAUGUUCCCGAACUCCCAGAAACACGUAAUAUGAUUGGCCAACAACAAUUUGAGCAGAUGAAGCAUGGAAGCUAUUUGAUCAAUGCAAGUCGAGGCAGUGUCGUUGAUAUUCCAGCAUUAAUCCAGGCAAUGCGGACAGGCAAGAUUGCAGGCGCUGCUCUUGAUGUCUAUCCAAAUGAGCCUGCAGGCAACGGUGAUUACUUCACAGAUGACCUUAAUCCUUGGUGCACAGAGCUCCGUAGUCUCAAAAAUGUGAUAUUAACACCUCAUAUUGGGGGUAGCACUGAGGAGGCUCAGAGAGCUAUUGGCAUUGAGGUAGGCCAAGCACUGGUGCGAUAUGUGAAUGAAGGGACCACUUUGGGAGCUGUAAACCUCCCUGAAGUCAAUCUUCGUUCUUUAACUAUGGAUCAACCAAACCAUGCCCGGGUGAUCUUUAUCCACCAGAAUAUUCCUGGAGUGCUACGUAAAGUGAAUGAAAUACUAGCCGAUCACAAUGUUGAUAAGCAAAUGACAGACAGCCGGGGUGAUGUUGCAUACCUUAUGGCUGAUAUCAGUGAUGUUGACACUGCAACUAUCAAGGACCUUUAUGAAAGACUAGAGAGCCUUUCAUCCCGGAUAAUGACUCGCAUCUUGUACUGA